CAAAACACAUUGCCGAGAGAGGUGCGAAUCACCCUGAAAUCGUCUCAUUUUCUCUGUUCCUUUCCAGCGGCACACAGUCAUAUCAUAGCUAUUGAUAUAAUACUAUUACAGCUUCAAAAUGAGGACAAUUUUAGCCUGCUUGUGCUUGAUGCUUGUUGCAUUUACGAAUGCAGAAGUAUAUUUCGAGGACCAAUUCGCCGACGCUAGUUGGGAAUCUCGCUGGGUAGAGUCUGUACACAAAGGCAGUGAUGCUGGCAAGUUCAAGUGGAGCGCUGGAAAAUUCUAUGGAGAUGCUGAGCAGGAUAAGGGUAUCCAGACCAGCCAGGAUGCAAAGUUCUACGGCCUCUCUGCAAAGUUCACAGACUUCAGCAAUGAGGGCAAGGAUCUCGUCAUUCAGUUCACCGUGAAGCACGAGCAGAAGAUAGACUGCGGAGGUGGCUACGCCAAGAUCUUCCCUGCCGACUUGGACCAGGAAGAUAUGCAUGGCGAUUCUCCUUACAACAUCAUGUUUGGGCCUGAUAUCUGUGGACCCGGCACUAAGAAAGUUCAUGUGAUCUUCAACUACAAGGGCAAGAACCUUCUCAUCAAGAAGGACAUCCGAUGCAAGGAUGAUGAAUUCACCCAUCUCUACACCCUGAUCGUCAAAUCUGACAACUCGUAUGAGGUCCGCAUCGACAACGAGAAGGCUCAAGCCGGCAACCUGGAGGAGGACUGGGACUUCCUUCCAUCCAAGAUGAUCAGGGAUCCUGAAGCUAAGAAGCCAGAGGACUGGGACGACAACGAGAGGAUCGACGAUCCAGAAGACACCAAACCAGAGGAUUGGGAAGUGGCCGAAUUCAUUGCCGACCCUGACGCAGAGAAGCCAGAGGAUUGGGAUGAUGAGAUGGAUGGAGAAUGGGAACCACCAAUGAUCAACAACCCAGAAUACAAGGGAGAAUGGGCACCUAAGAAAAUUGAGAACCCCAACUACAGCGGAAAAUGGGUACAUCCAGAGAUUGAGAACCCCGAGUAUGAAGCCGAUGAAAACCUUUACAGCUACCCAAGCUUUGGAGCUAUUGGCUUUGAUUUAUGGCAGGUUAAAUCUGGAACGAUUUUUGACAACGUUCUUAUAACAGACGAUCUUGAAGAAGCAGAGAAACAAGCAAAGGAUUUAUUUGAAGUCACAAAGGUAGCAGAAAAGAAAAUGAAAGAUGAGCAAGAUGCGGAGGAGAGGAAACAGCGAGAGGAGGAGGACAAGAGGAGGAAAGAAGAGGGAGGCGAUGAUGAAGAAGGUGAUGAAGACGACGAAGACUUGGAUAUGGAUGAUUUAGAUCUGGACAUGGGUGAUUUUGAAGAGGAGGAGGAGGAGGAAGAGGAAGAGGAAUUGCAAAGGGAUGAAUUGUAAAAUGAUCCUUGGACUAAAAAGAGACUUUCAUACAUCAAAGGGAGAUUCUUGCGCAAAGAUUAAUUAUUCCUUGGUUUAUCAGGAUUGAACAUGUGGGAGG